CUGAUGACACAACUUUCAUUUGUUAUUCUUACCGAUAAAAGUAUGGUGGUUGAAGUGGAUUCUUUGACAUUGUUUUUGUAGAUUAAUCCCCAUAAAUUACCAGUAACUAGUUGUAAGAAAUUAGUGGGUAGGAUGGCAGAAGCAGCGGUAGAAGACAGACCUCCACAGAGGUUCUAUUGCCACAUGUGCCACGUUCAGUUUCAGCAUGCCUCGGCGGACUUCACUUGUCCCCACUGCUCGGAUGGCUUCAUCGAGGAGCUCUUGGAGGCCCCAGAGGGCAACGAAGAGAUGGCAGACGUCGAUGAUUGGGAAGAAGACGAUUGGUUAGUAGAAGAUAGACGUCCAGGUAGUCGUCCAUUGAGAUCUGAUGGGAGUCGUCCUGGCAGAAGGUACGCUAAUACUCGAGCAAGGAUAGUAAGGCCCAGGACCCUAACACGAUUAGCCUCUUCAAAUUUACGACAGCAGUUGCCCUUGGAAAACCUACUGCAAGACUUUAUAGUAAAUUUGGGAGUUGGCGUGAACUGGGGAACCCCGGGAGGUAAUUGGCAACUGUUUCUAGGCAACCCUGGUGACUAUGCCUGGGGUAGGGAAGGUUUGGAUGCUAUUGUCACACAGCUGCUCAAUCAGAUGGAUAGCACAGGUCCACCACCAGUUUCGAAAGCUGUAAUAGAUGCCCUCCCCAUAGUAGAGAUCACCUUAGAACAGUCUAUAGCGAAAUUGCAAUGCAGUGUGUGCUGGGAAGACUUUUUAACAGGCGAGAGCGUUAGGCGAUUACCCUGCCAGCACGUAUACCAUGAGCCGUGCAUCAGGCCGUGGUUAGAGUUGCACGGCACGUGCCCCAUUUGCAGGCAGAACUUGAGCAACGGGGACUCGGAUGACAGACGUGGCGACGGAUCGGAAGGAUCUGCAGGUGGCGGUGGAUCGCAAGGAGAAGGAACCGCCGGGGGGCCUGCAGUUGGCGCACCUCUGUCGCUCAGCAUGCUGCGAACGCUGUUCCCACCACCGCACACACCGCCCUCUAGCGGCAGCGGAGGAAGCGCCAGCUCGAGCGGUACCGCCAUGGAGACCAACGACAGCGAGGACCCUCCAUCGCAGCACCAGCGACAGCUAUCCUUGAGCCGGUCAAGGUUUCAAAGCAACUCGUCUAUGAUGUUAGGUAUUUUAACGGACGUAUCUGUUCCUGUUACGGCAUCUGGCGGCAGACUUAUUUCUGUUUAUCUUAUUUAAUAAUGCACGUUGGUCAGAUAGAACACUUUUUAUAAAUUUACACGUAGUACUAGAUGUUGUAUAAUAUAAAAUUAUUAUUGACGUAUUUUAUUUAAUUGAAUAUGGGUUCAAAGAUUAUGAAAUAAUCAGAGAAUCAAGAUAAGAAGGCAGUAAGGCAAAGCGGUGUUAGGCCCAAAUUUGAUACCCAGCCAGACAAACCAUUGGUUCAAAUGCAGCUUAUAUCAACGUUAGUUAAUAGGAAAAUACGUUGAACUAAGGUAGCAUACCGCCACACAGUAAUCCAGCUCCCUGAUUCCAAAUGGAUUUCGACUGUUGAAAUUAAUUUCGAUGUAGUGUUCCCGUCAUACAUAUAACCUACUGUGAUAACGCUUGCUUCCAGCGAUCUUUUAUAGCCGAUUUAUCAUGGCAGUGUCAAAGUUAUUAAAGAUCUAAUAUGUGAGACACGAAUAUGGUUCAUCCUGUCAGUACGGAUGAGCUAAAUCCGUUUCCGAUCGUGGUACACUUCACCGUUAUCAAUGGAAUUUUUUUGCUGAGAUCACAGUAAAAAUUAUUCCAAAUGUACCUUUGAAGUAGAAUUAUGCGUAUCUGCGUCAGCACCCUGUAUACAGGGUGACUUUGAAGUUGAGUCAUUAAUUUUCAGAUAGUGAUUGUAGAAGGAAGAUAAACCAAAAUAUGUGUGUAAAAAUAAAAAAAAUGUUACCUUGUUUUAUAGUAAGUAUCCUCCCGACAAGUAUUUCAGUGAGGACCUGUAUUUGAUCGUGCGGUCUUGGAGCACCGGCAUCCCCUGUGAGGUCUUAAGUCACCUGAUUCACGAGCCCUUUGUACUACAUUAACAAAGGCACGAGGGGUUGGUUGCACUCGAUUGGGAAACCGAUUUUGUAAAGACUCCCCCUCCGUAAAUAAGAAUCAUGUCAGCAUUUUCGUAAACAUGUGCCAUUUUUUAUUUCGUUUGAGCCACGCAACAAACACCACUAUUCAUUCACGCGUUACCGACUGAAUCCAACUAAAAACAUCGUGAUAAGCGUUUCAAAUUCUUUCGCUUUUUUGUUUCCGAUGCGAUGAACCGAUGCGGAUUAUAUCCGUUGUCGCCAAACACGAGCAAUAAUAUUAUUAUUGAGACAGGGCGGUACUCAAACUUCUAAAGGGCUAUAACUUUGUUACUUUAAUUUUACCAGAAAAAUGUUAAAGGAAAAAACAUUUCUUUUGAUCAGAUCUACUCACUGUUGACUCAACUUCGAAGUCACCCUGUAUAGGUAAAUCUUGUUUAAUGACUUUUUCCAUUAACGACCUUUGACAUUUGAACCAUCUGUUUAUCGGGCUAGUUAAGUUUAGUCGAACCUGUGACUAUGGUUUUUGCGCUAUGUAAAAUUCCUUGUUCCUUAUUGAAAAAACAACUGAAAUUACUUUGAGUUACUCAAAAUCCCUGAAAUUUAAUUUCAAUGUAUUUAUUUUUGCUGUUUCACAAUUUUUAUUUAUUUUCUUACAUUUCAACGAUGGUUGUUUGGUCACUAGGAGUAUGUGCCAAAUAAAUACAUACUCUUAAACUUAGAGAUGUGCUUGCUUUAAUUCGUAUUUAAGUAUGAUGAUUAUUAUUUUUAUCACAAUUUAUGCUGAUGAUGACGUCGAGUUGUUUUAUUUUGACCACGCUGCUCUGCCAUCUGGUGUAGAGUUAGAUAAUGUUAGUAUCAGUGUAACUCGAAAGGAGAUUGGCGACACCCCCGUUUUUGAAAGGGUACGGAUCUGGAUGAUAAGGUUUGCUAACAAAAAUUUGGAAAAUUGAAUGCCUGAUUGAUCAUCCUGCAACGCGUGACACAACAGGAGUCAGACAAUUUGUUUGGAGGACAAUUAGUAUUGUAAAUUACAUUUAUUUGCUUAGCUAGAGAGUUGCCAAUUAUGUGAUUGUAGGUUCAACGACAAACGUGGUAGUUUCAAUCUGAAGCCUUCAUAUUGUAUAAUGUACUACUAACUCUAAUUAUUGGUCUCUGUUGAUCAUUGGCUUAAGGGCCGUAUCGUCAGUCGUUCCUACAAUUGUAGGAUGGCUGUAUGGCCUUGAUUUCCAUAGUAUUUUCUCUCCUUCAGAAAGGCUAGGGUAUUUAUAGACUUCUACUGUUCCGUGUCAGCGUCAGCGCCCUCCUAAUUAUGAUUUAUAUUUUUAUUUAUGUUGUAUUUUUGAAUUGCUCAGGCUGUUAAAACAUGAUGAAAAUCAAACACAUGAACAAUUUGGUGUAAAUAGAUAUUUGUAACAUACAGCGCCUUUCUGAAGGACAGGCAGCAGCGGUGGCCGCAGUAAUAGACUCUUCGGUCUCCUGAUCGGUCGCCGUGCGCUGUGCGGGUUCGAGUCCCGUCCCAGGAGAAAUUUUUCUCUUGGCUAUGGAUGUUGUGAUUGUCCGUAGGUGGUAGACGGUCUCUGACUGUCGAACGCGGAGGUACCACCCGGCGGAUCUCGUAGGCGGAGCCAGAAUGUGUGCAUGUUGCAUGCACACGUGUUCCCUCGCCAGAGUCCGUGUGGCGUUCCCCCUUUCCCAUGUAUCCCCCUAUAGCCCCACGGUACCCAAUGGGUGCUUAGGCCUUAGGCCUUCGUGGUAGUUGAAGUUCAAACAAAAAAAAAAAGGAAAAACUGAAAAUCAAGUAGACCAUAAAGACGUCCUACAAUUAAUUGUAGGAACGACUGGCGAUAUGAUCCAAAAUGUCAAAUAAGGUCAACGUAUGUAUACGUGAUAUUUUGGUUGCCGAAACUGAAUUUUGUAUCAAGAGUCAAGUUAUCUAUUAUUGACAGACAGCUUGAGAACAAAAACAUUAAGUAUUUGGGUUAAUGUCUGACGGUGUUAUUGAAUCAAAUCGGGUUCAUUUGCUUACAAAAUGUAUCAAUUUUAGAAUAUCAUUUAAUAGCAUUUACAUGGACAAUCGAAUCGAUAAGGCAAUCAAUUUGAUUAACUUAUAAUUUGGAGGAAGCAUGAUUAAACAAUUUGUAUGAAUCAUAAUUUUCAAUGUGUUUCAAAUGGUAGCAUUUUUUUGACAGUUUGUUGUUAAGGUGAUAUUUUACAAAACUAUUGAAUCAUUUGACAUUUACGCGUUAUUGGAUCGAAAGCUGUUUUAAUGAUUACUUUAUUUUCUUUUAUAUAAAUUUAAUAAUCUACAAUAUUACUUUAA